AUGGGCAUGACCAAUAGUAGUGCCAAAGAAGACUUCGUUCUGGUGGGCUUCUCAGACCAGCCCCAGCUGGAAAAGAUACUCUUCGUGGCUGUUUUGAUAUCUUAUCUUCUUACUUUGGUGGGAAAUACACUAAUUAUUCUGGUCUCUUCCAUAGACCCUAAACUCAAAAUACCCAUGUACUUUUUCCUUACUCACCUCUCCCUAGUGCACAUCUGUUUUACCACCAGUAUUGUCCCUCAGCUGCUGUGGAACCUCAAAGGACCAGCCAAGACCAUCACAUCCCUGGGUUGUGCCAUCCAGCUCUACGUCUCCCUGGCAUUGGGAUCCACUGAAUGUGUUCUCCUGGCUGUGAUGGCUUUUGACCACUAUGCUGCAGUAUGCAAACCUCUCCACUAUACAGCUGUAAUGAACCCAAGCUUGUGCCAGGUUCUGGCAGGGGUUGCAUGGCUGAGUGGAGCAGGAAAUGCUCUCAUCCAGGGCACUGUCACCCUCUGGCUACCUCGCUGUGGACACCGGGGGCUCCAUCAUUUCCUCUGUGAGGUCCCCUCCAUGAUUAAGCUUGUAUGUGUGGACAUCCAUGACAAUGAGAUCCAGCUCUUCGUUGCUUCAUUGGUCUUUCUCCUUUUGCCCUUGGCACUGAUAUUGAUGUCCUAUGGACACAUAGCCAAGGCAGUUAUAAGCAUCAAGUCAGUGCAGGCCUGGCAGAAAGCCCUGGGGACAUGUGGAUCCACCUUGACAAUAGUAUCCCUCUUCUAUGGGAGCAUCACAGCCAACUAUAUCCAGCCCAACAGCUCCUAUGCCCACACUUUUGGGAAACUCAUCUCCCUCUUCUACACAGUAAUCAUCCCGACCUUCAAUCCUCUCAUUUACACCUUGAGGAAUAAAGAAGUUAAAGGUGCACUGGGAAGAAUAUGCCACAGAGACCUACGUGUGUAA